AUGUCGGCAAUUGAGUGGGUUGGCUGCUUAGGCUCCGGCGUGCAACCGAACUUUAACGAAAACGAAAACAUGACAGCUGGAAGACCAAAGUUUGAGCAUGCACCCGAGGUGUCCUUUGAUGAAAUUGACUACAAAAAUCCAAAUGAAUUGAAAGCUGCAAGAGAGUCAAUGCUUAAGGAGCAGUUUGUGAGGGUGGAGAUGCUAAAAAUUGUUAGAAAAGCUUUGGAAACAUGUUUCCAGGUUAACGGACCCAACAAUUACGAAGAGUGCAGAAACUUAGCGGACAAAUAUUUAGAUAUGCUUCCAGACCAUAGAGCACAGGGAUAUUCAGGAUACCAGAGAAAUGAUCCUUCAAAAUAA